AUGGAAGAUACAGUCGCCACAAUGCAAAAGGUCGAAUCGUCCUCAACUGUCCAGGCUGAUCAAUGUCAAUCUCCGCCGGCUCUCCCACCGCAGCCUGCGGCGCUGGCCUGGCAUCCACCAAAACCAAGAGGUGAUUCAGCAACAACGACGAGUCACACAUCAGCUUCACAGCUCGCUAUCCCGUACACCACCAAGGAAGGAGUUACUUUUGCGGGCCGAAAACGUGGCGGAUACACGAUGAUCAUUCCGACUGCCGCCCCACACUUCAAGACCUCACAAAAGGAGCUUGGGGAGCCACGAAAGGAGCUCGACCGAUCGGCAGAGGCGUCGUCGACCAAGGUCGACGAUGAUGAUGUUAUCAAUGACGAAGCCAAAGAAUCUGAUGCAGAGGAUGACGAAGCUGAAGGGUUCGAAGAACAAGAUUCCAAUUACCAGCCAUCAGUCACAUCCUCGACUCCCUCCGAGGGGCCACAACGAGCUCCGGUGCGAGUGGAGGUUGAGCGCAUCGACGACGAUUUGUGCGAUGACGACUCGAGCGAAAGCGCAUUUUCUAUCGAAGAGAUGGAUACGUCCUUUUUUGAGUCUAUCGACAGAAAGGAACAGAGUCUGAUCAGGGUCGCGGUCAUGUUCUUGAUGGGGGAGAGCAAGAAGUGAGUGAAGAUGGCGCUGGUGUGAAUAUUCGGCGAUUGAGGCUGACUCGGGCUAUCGUAGAUCAAUGCAUCGCAGAACGGGAUUGAGCCUCUCCAAGAUCAUGAAGUUCAUCAAUAAUAAACCUGUGGGUAACACUUCAUCUCUGUUGGCUUCGUACACUCUGCUGCCUACUCACUGGGGAUUAUCCUUUUUGAAUGCAUCUUAGUUCAGCACGGGAAAGCAAUUAGGUCGACGCCGGAUCCUUGAAGCUGCGCAAGAAGUCUUUGAUCGAGAAUGGGACAACAAGUACAGUUCAUCGUUCACUUCAACCACGGUGGCCAAAUCGAAGAUCUCGGUUGCCAUCCCAACUUCCUCAUCGUCCGCCGAACAAUUUCCACCUCAGAGUCCUCCUUCGACAUCCGAUGCGAACUAUCGUCCUUCGAAGUACGUGUCGUCGGUGAAUUUCAAGUACUCGGAACAACAACUCGUGACGUACUACGUCCACUGGCUUGAGGGAGCAUCCAAGACCGAAGCGAGCAGGAAUUCGGGUGUCAACGAGCGAAGCGCGAUCCGUGCCUUUUGGGAAAAAGGACCCCAGACCCAAGCAAUCCGCGAGCGAAGGAAAAGGGUCAUCUCUAUCGCGGAGAAACAGGUGGCGAACGCGAAGCAGAGGGAAAAAACAAAGGUGUGUUUUCUGUAA